UUAAUAAAUUUCAUUAAAUUUAAAUAUCAGCUUAACAAUACAGACCAACUAAUCAGGAGAGAUUCUAGCAUAAAAUGAUUAAAUUAAAAAUUAGAAAUCAAUUUAUUAGUAUUUCCUUUUUCACUUUUGUUAAGAAAUUCUAGUCUAGGACUUCAAAGCCAUUCUUGAUCAGUUGUUUAUUUGCAAAUUACAGAGAAUGAUAGUCCCAAUGGCAGUGCGAACAAUAUUUCUUCUUCAGUUCUUCUUCUUAUGCUCUAUUCUUUCUAGUUUUUGCAGGAAUGAUGAUGGUUAUACUGUCACUGGUCGAGUAAAAAUUCCUGGCUUUAGCUUGAAAGGAUCUGGUUUCUCAGCUAAAGCUUCAAAUGUUAAAGUCAUAUUUAAUGGUGGCCAAAGAGUUACAUUCCUGAGACCCAAUGGAUAUUUCUCAUUCUAUAAUGUAUCUGCAGGGACACAUCUCAUUGAGGUGUCUGCAAUUGGCUACUUCUUUUCUCCAGUCCGAGUUGAUGUCAGUGCUAGAAACCCAGGUAAGGUUCAAGCAGCGUUAACCGAGAACAGGAGGACUCUGAUUGAAUUAGUUUUGGAGCCAUUAAGUGAGGAGCAGUAUUAUGAGGUAAAGGAACCCUUCUCCAUUAUGUCUCUGGUGAAAAGUCCAGUUGGCCUGAUGUUCGGAUUUAUGUUGUUUGUAAUGUUUGUGAUGCCAAAAUUAGCAGAAAAUGUGGAUCCUGAAGAAAUAAGACGAACACAGGAGGAAAUCAUGAGAAACCAAGGGAGUCUUUCAAGCUUAUUACCAGGGGCUCAAAGCAACAACUAGAGAUUAGAUUUAAUAACAACAUUGAAGAAUUUCACCUGCUAGAAAGGGAAAUUCUUCAUUGUCACUAUAUGGAAAAAGCUGAAUUAUUCAUAAACUGAUAAACUCAGUUUCAAGGAUCCAUAUCAAGCUUUUUUUGAAGUCUCCGAGUACCAUCAUUACUUCAAUUUAAUCCUAACUGGAAUACUGACGUUCUCUAAAUAAGACAUUGUUUCACUUGAAACCAGACAUUAUAUUUCAGGAUAACUUGUAAUAGACUUAUUGUGUCCAAGAAGAGUAUAUAUUGUUGGUUACCCUAAAAAAUCAGGCAAUAACUCUUUGAAAAAAGUGAUAAUAUUAUGCU